AUGUCGCCCUUGUUGCAGACCAUCGUGGGCGGGCUGGCUCUGGCCGGUUCGGUCAUUGCCACCGUCAAGGAUAACGAUACCCUCGUCGCUUCUCAGAUUCUGACCAAUCCCUAUGCCUUCGACUUCCCUCGUCUGGGUGCUCCCGGUGCCUCGCUGUUCCCUAUGCGGCAUUGCCACGGCUUCAAGCUGGAGGAGGCUAGUGUCGAUGACAUCCAGGCGCGCAUGGCCAACGGUUCAUUGAACAGCGUUCAGCUGCUCGAAUGCUACCUUGAUCGCAUCUAUCAGACCCAGCCUUACCUGAAUGCCAUCCUGCAAUUCAACCCGGAUGCUUACACUAUUGCCCAAAAGCUGGAUGAGGAGCGUGCCCAUGGCAAGGUUCGUGGUCCUCUCCACGGCAUUCCUUUCAUUGUCAAAGACAACAUCGCUAGUAAGGACCGCAUGGAGACCACUGCUGGUUGCUGGGCUUUGCUCGGUAAUGUUGUUCCUCGUGACUCCCACGUCGUGCACGGUCUUCGUAAGGCUGGAGCCCUGCUUCUGGGCAAGGGUGCUCUGAGUGAGUGGGCCGACAUGCGUUCAAACAACUACUCUGAGGGUUUCAGUGCUCGUGGUGGCCAGUGUCGCAGUGCCUAUAACUUCACCGUGAACCCCGGUGGUAGCAGUACUGGACCCGGUGUUGCCGUAGGUGCUAACCUAAUCCCCAUUGCCAUCGGUACGGAGACCGAUGGCAGUGUGAUCAACCCUGCCCAGCGUAAUGCUAUCGUUGGAAUUAAGCCCACUGUCGGUCUGACCUCUCGUUCCGGUGUGAUUCCCGAGUCUCUGCACCAGGACACUAUCGGUACCUUUGGAAAGACUGUUCGUGAUGCUGUCUACACCCUUGAUGCUAUCUACGGUGUUGACACCCGUGACAACUACACUCUUGCUCAGAAGGGCAAAACUCCCAAGGGCGGUUACACCCAAUUCCUUGCCAAGAAGGACGCUCUCAAGGGUGCCGUGUUCGGUCUGCCCUGGAAGUCAUUCUGGGCUCUGGGUGAUGCUGAUCAGAUUGCUCAGCUGGAGGAGCUUCUGACUCUCAUCAAGUCUGCCGGUGCCACCAUCAUCAACGGUACCGAGCUGCCCCACUACAAGGAGAUUGUGUCUCCCGAUGGCUGGAACUGGGAUUACGGUAGCACCCGUGGUUACGCCAACGAGUCUGAGUACUCCUAUAUCAAGGUUGACUUCUACAACAACCUGCGCGACUACCUCGCCGAGGUCAACAACACCAACAUCAAGACCGUCGAGGACCUUGUGCAGUGGAACAUCGACAAUUACGGCUCCGAGGGUGGGUAUCCCGGCAUCCACCCUGCCUUUGGCUCUGGCCAGGAUGGCCUCAUCGCCUCCAUGGAGAGCAAGGGUAUUAUGAACGAGACCUACUGGGAGGCUCUGGCCUUCUGCCGGCGCACCACCCGUGAAGAAGGUAUCGACGCCGCCCUAAAGUGGAACAACGGCACCCUUGACGGCCUCCUCGUGCCUCCGGAUGUGGCUCAGAGUAUUCAGAUCGCCGCCCAGGCCGGUUACCCCGUUAUUACCGUGCCUGCCGGUACCGAGCACGUGUCCGGCAUGCCGUACGGUCUCGCGAUCAUGAACACUGCCUUCUCCGAGCCCACCCUUAUCAAGUACGCCAGUGCCAUUGAGGAUCUCCAGAAGACUUCCGGUACCAAGUGGCAGCGUACUCUCCCUGAGUGGCGUGGCUACCUGGAGCGCAACCUGCCGGUGAUCAUGUAA